AGUAAAAAGGGAAAAUCUCAGAAUGUAGGGUUUCAGGCCUUGCGCAAGGCGGCGAAUUAUUUUUUAAGGCAUAGAUGGCAAUAAUACGAGCUUUUGUUUCUGUCGUCAUCAUCUGAUCUGAAAAUGGCGGAGAGCGAGUUGAACGUCGAUAGUAUUAUUUCAAGGUUAUUGGAAGUUCGAGGGUGUAGGCCUGGCAAAACAGUUCAGCUCACCGAAGCUGAAGUACGUGGAUUAUGCUUGAAAUCUAGAGAAAUUUUUCUUAGCCAGCCUAUUUUAUUGGAACUGGAGGCUCCACUCAAAAUUUGUGGAGAUAUUCAUGGACAAUAUACAGAUCUUCUUAGGCUUUUUGAGUAUGGAGGUUUUCCACCUGAAGCCAAUUACUUGUUUCUUGGUGAUUAUGUAGACAGAGGAAAACAAUCUCUUGAAACUAUCUGCUUACUCUUAGCAUAUAAAAUAAAGUAUCCAGAAAAUUUCUUCCUUCUUCGUGGUAAUCACGAAUGUGCUAGCAUCAACAGAAUCUAUGGUUUUUAUGAUGAAUGUAAGAGACGUUAUAAUAUCAAGCUAUGGAAAACAUUUACUGAUUGUUUUAAUUGUUUGCCUAUUGCCGCCAUAAUUGAUGAAAAAAUAUUUUGUUGCCAUGGAGGUCUUUCUCCGGAUUUGCAAUCUAUGGAGCAAAUCAGAAGGAUUAUGAGGCCCACUGAUGUUCCUGACACAGGUCUGUUAUGUGAUUUGUUGUGGUCCGAUCCUGACAAAGAUGUUCAAGGUUGGGGUGAAAAUGACCGUGGUGUGUCUUUCACAUUUGGUGCUGAUGUUGUCAGCAAAUUCCUCAAUCGGCAUGAUUUAGAUCUCAUAUGUAGAGCCCAUCAGGUUGUUGAAGAUGGUUAUGAAUUCUUUGCAAAAAGACAGUUAGUAACAUUGUUUUCUGCACCCAACUAUUGUGGAGAGUUUGAUAAUGCUGGUGGAAUGAUGUCUGUAGAUGAAACACUUAUGUGCUCUUUUCAGAUAUUGAAACCAUCUGAGAAAAAAGCCAAAUACCAAUAUGGAGGAUUAAACUCUGGACGACCAGUUACUCCCCCACGUGGACCAGUUAAAAAGAAGUAGCCUCUUCAUGUGUACAGUUGCUUCCAUAUUGCUUCUUUCUUUUUUAAAAAUUUGUAUAAAUAUCCUCUUGAUCAUGCUUAAAUCUUGACCCAAAUGCACAGAUUUCCUUUUCAUGUAAAGUGGAAUAAUUCACCUGUUAUUUGACAGACUUGUUAAACCGAAAAUCCAGUCACUUCAGUAUUUAUUCAUUUUAGAUUUGGAUAUUAAAACUCCGUUAUGUUUUAUUGUGUUUAGAAAGCUGCGCUUAAAUUAAACUUGACAAUAAAUGUUAUGUUGAUCUUUCCAUUAGUUUGUACUUUAUGUGCAUUUAAAAAGUAGUUUUUGGUAAUUUAUUUAGGUGUGAAUUUUACAAUGUGCACGGAGAUGGAUUAGCGCAUUAUUCUUGAGCUUUCAUAUAAUCUUGAUUAUAACAAUGUUGAGUAGUAUGUAUUUACAUGAAAGUUAUUAAUACUUUGAAAAUUUAAACUCUUAUUAUUCAGUUCAUGUUGCGAAGAUUUCCUUCUUGUUUUUCAUUUUGUAUAUUUUUUCAUUUGCAUUAACUGCCUGUAUAUGAUUUUAUUUCAUGUAAUCAUAGUAUUAAAAGAUUUAAAAUCCCCACUCUUAUCUUGUCCCUUUUCUUCUUGUGUCAAGUUUCCAAAUUAUAUUUUAAUUUGUGAAACAUUUAACUUUAGUAGAGAAUCUAACGUUAUUUAAGUCAUAAUUCCGGCCAUGAAUAUUAAGCAGUUGCUGACAUUGGUUUCAGUUGUGCAAUUACUAUGUGGUUGUUUAUAUUUGAAUUUAUAGUUUAUGUCUCAUUUGAAAAUGUUUUGCCCAAUGCCAUUAUAUUUAAAUAACUAUAACCAUAAUUUUAACUAAGUUUUUUUUCCUGUAUUGAUGUUUAACUUAGAUAAUGGAGAUGAAUAAAAAUUUGUGGAAAAACA